GUAGAUUUAAAUUAGUUUAUUGAAGAGUUUUAACUGAUCAAAUGUAAGUAUACAUACUUUGAUACUGCACUCUAUACAGACUAAUUAAAUUUAAAUGUACGCGGCUACCCUAAGCAACCCUUAUUUUUACAAUGAAAUAGUCGAUAUGAAUAAUCAGCCUGAGGUCAACCAUCGCGGUCAAGUUGCAACUACUUUAAAGUCGAUAAACGUAAAUAUGCAGCGAAGUUCGUUAUUUCGUAUCUAUGCAUAAUUUUGACAUAUAGGUACACUAUACAGCCUUGUACAGAAUGGAUGUAUUAAUUUAUAUAAUACUUGCAGUGCUGGUGUUCAUAUAUUUGUUUAAAACAAGGAAAUCUAAAGGGAAAACUAUUCCUGGACCGUCGGGAUGGCCAUUGGUUGGCAAUGCACUGGAGAUUACCGAACAAAACAUGCCGCAAAAAUGUUUCGACUAUGCGAAAAAAUUUGGACCAAUCGUUCAGCUGAAACUGUUUAAUAUGAACGUAGUUUUACUCAACUCUGUGGAACUGCUCCAAAAAGCUAUGAACGGUGAUUCAUACAAACAGUUUUUCAACGAUCGGCCUGGAUUUUUCUACGGGGAACAUUUUCUGUUUGGGAGUCAGGGUGUUAUCGUGUAUAAAGACGGAUACGGAGGUGUGCAUAGCGACUUGCGAAAGACGCUUACUAAAGGGUUGCAUGUGUAUGGAGAUGGUAUCAAAGAUUUUGAGGACAUGAUUACAUCUGAGCUUCAAAAACUCGUCAAGAAAAUCGACAAAAUCGGAAACAAAGAAUUUGACUUCAUCAGCACAAUCAAAAUGUCGUUAUCAAAUCUGUUGUCAAUCUUGCUUAUAGGCGAGUCACUGGACGAAGAUGAUGACGAUAUAAACCUAUUCUGGGAAUUCGACAAGUCCUUAAUAUUUAUGUACAGUGCUAAAGCCGAUGCGGUAUAUUCAACGUUUCCGUUUGUCCGGUAUAUUCCCGGGAUUUACAAAGAACAAUAUGACAAAAUAACCAGAACGAGGCGCAGAAUUAUCGACAGGUAUUACACAAGGGUCAAGGAGAACCACAAACCAGGAAAUACACGUGGCCUGAUACAUUUUCUCCUGGAAGAAAGGAAUAAAGAGUUGGAGAAUUCAACCGACAACAUAGUUCUCACAGAAGAGAGGCUGAUAUCAAUCGUUCUAGAAAUGGUCGCAGCGGCCGUUGUGACUUCCAUGAGCUCAAUGAGCAGUACGAUAUUAUGUUUAAUGAGUCACCCAGAAUGCCAGAAAAGAGUUCAGCAGGAGAUCGAUGACGUCAUAGGCAAAGAUCGUCUGCCGACGGUAGAUGACAGAAUAAAUUGCAAGUAUAUGGACGCAGUUGCGAUGGAAAUACAAAGGCUGAUCACAAUAAUCCCUCUGAGUGGACCUCAUAUGUGUAGACCUAAUUUGCAGUUCGAGGGUUAUGACAUUCCAGCAAACUCAAUGGUUUUGCCAAAUUUGAACUACAUUCACCAUGACGAAAAUAUUUGGGGCAAAGAUGCUUGGGAAUUUAAACCGGAAAGGUUUCUAGACGAAAACGGCGAUGUCAUAGAAAGAGGCCACACAUACAGGCGCAAUUGGGUGCCUUUCAGCGUUGGGCGACGGCAGUGUUUGGGAGAUACUUUCUCCCGGACUCGACUUUUCCUGUACACUGCCACAUUAUUUCAGCGAUGGACUUUUAUCCCAUCUCCUGGAAAAUAUGGUUCAUGUGACACAAGAUCAGGAGACUUUGAAGUUAAUUUGGCAACCCGACCGAAAGAGUUUUACUGCAGAGUUGAAAAGAGAGCAUAAACUCAAACAUUUAUCUCCCUUGAAAAAUCUGGCAGCCAUUUUCAAAAUCCUAGAUAUGUAACAGAGAUGGUUUGCAGAAUCAGGAAAAAUGUGAUGACAUUAUGACAUUUGUCAUAUUCUUUCAUGCAUGUAAUAUUUUGUAAUAUUUUCACACCAAGCCUCCACCACAAAAAAAAAAAAAAAGAAAAAAAACCUCACUCCCCCAGAACUUCAUUGCAUUGUUGAAAAUACUUGUCUAAUCUGUAUUAAACUCUAUAUUAGGAACGACCGUCAAAAAUGCGCCAGGAAAGAUAACCUUUUCUAUGUAAAUACUGUCUAUAGAUCUAUUAUACGCAUAAAAUCAUUAUUAACAUGUACAUAUACAUGUUAUACAUGUAUAUAAUUUCAAAUACA